AUGGAUAUUGUGGGUGAUUCUCAGAGCAGUGAAGAAGAAUUGGCUGAUCUAGAUGUCUUCCAAUUGAAAAACAGUACUUAUGAUUACCAAAAUGAUCUAAGUUUUACUAGCAGCAGUAGUAUUAGUGAUAGUGAUAAUGCUACUAUUGGUGACAAUGGUACUGAUAAAGAUGAAAAUGACAAUACUUCUUUGAAACCUGCUGUUGACCAAAUAUUAAAACGUGUUAGAAAAUCUAGUAAUAAAAUAGCAUUGAGAAGAAACAAUAAAUACUCCAGAAAGAAUCAUGGAAACAUGAACUACGGAAUGAAAGAUAAAGAUCAUAUUACUCUUAGUCAGUUUAAUUUAGGUGACUCCUUUGAUUUUAAGGUCACUGAAAAGUUGGAUCAGUUGAACAAACUUAGUGAUAUGAUCAAUACUAAUAACAAUAAUAAUAAAUAUAAGAAUGAUCAUAAACCGGUCUUUGAUGUCCAUGGUUCAAAAGAAUCAAUAAGUCAAUUGAAGAAACAAUACAAAUUGAAAUUAUCCAAAAACAAUAUUAAUUUGGACCCUGAUACUAUUGAUAUGAUUUGUUAUGAUAAAACUGGCAAAUAUAAAGACUGGUAUUUUAUUACAAAUAAUAGUCAAGAUCAAUUAGUUACAAGCGACUUGGAAAACUUUCUUUUGUGUAUUGGUGUCGAUAAAGACAUGUUAUCUGGAGAUUUCUAUAUUGAUGAUAGUUUAUUCAAUGAAUUAGAUCCAUAUUGUAUUAUCUUCGAACCCGGCUACAUCUUACAAGAAUUUUCUAAUUUAAUAAAUCAUAUGAAUGAUACGAAUAAGAUAGUCAAUGAUAAUAUUUUCAAAUGGUGGCUAUAUUUGAUAUUGGAUAAGACUAUUUAUAACAGUGUACAAUGUAAUAUCUUUUGGUGUACUUCCAUUUUAAAUAUUUUUAUCAAAAAAUAUGGGUCUAUCGACAAACUAAUUCAAUUAUAUUGGAAAUAUAUUCGAUCAAAUAGCAACAGAUAUUAUUUAUUAUAUCGAUUGACACAAUUAUUACCAAUAUUGAAAAAAUAUUUUAUUGAUGAUCUUUUUAAAAGUGAUCCAAAACUUUUAAUCAACCAAUUCGACAUAUUAUAUGAUUCCCACAAUUUUAAAGAUUUAUUAUAUUUUAUUUUGUUUAUACAUGGUUCCAAGAUGUAUCCAAUUGAAAGUGAUACUUCAAUAACUAAUAAUGAUAUUGAAGGGGAUGAUUUGAUAGAGACUACCUCAAAUGUAAAUAGUAAAGCAUCAAACAAUAUUGUAAAAAAUGAUCAAUAUUCCCCACAAUCAAUCAUCCAGUAUUUCAAAGACUGUAUCAUUGAUUGCUCAUCUGACCAACAAUGUGCUAGAGAAAUUCUAAUCAUAUUAGGUAUCUUGAAAUUAUUUGCAUUUCAAUAA